AUGUCUCUUCGCGUCUCCCGGUGGCUCUCUUUCGCCUUGUCACUCGCGUCCGGCGCUGUUGCCCUCCCGCAUCGCAGGGCGCAAUGUGCAUCGACGCUGAGCACUGCAGCGGCUGUAAGCAUCAGGAUUCAUGACCUGUACCAAGCCCGGUCUGAGAUUGAUUCAGACAACGGCGGAGAGUUGUGGACGGACACCAAUGCCAUCGAGGAUAUUCACAACUACAUGCUGGCCGCCGGUUCCACCACCUACGACAGCCUAGCGGACCAAACGCGGAUCGGCAUCGCCGCUCAAGAUCCGGGUCAAGACUGGGACAGCUUCUUCGGCGGCAGCUACGACGAUGCUCAAUGGGUCAUCCUGGCGUACUGGAAGGUGGCUGACUACAAAAACGCUCACGGCGAAGACGCGACCAACUACCUGGACAGCGCCCGAGCGAUCUAUAACCUCAUCACCGAGCAGUGGGACGACACUUGCGGCGGCGGCGUGUGGUGGUCUAGCGCGAAGACCUACAAGAAUGCCAUCACGAACGAGCUGUUCCUGCUUACGUCCGCGCAGGGCUACAAACGGUACGGUGACCAGACUAUGCUAGAUAACGCGCAGAAGACAUGGGCUUGGUUGGAAGGCUCCGGGAUGCGGAACUCAGGGGGACUGUUCAAUGAUGGCUUAAACUCGGACACUUGCCAGAACAACGGUCAAACUACGUGGACCUACAACCAAGGGGUCAUCGCGUCUGGCCUCGGUACACUAGCCUCCAUCACAGGGAACACUACACUGUUCUCCCAAGCCGAGAUCACCCUAGACGCCACGAUAGCCCAGUUGACCGUCAACGACAUUCUCAAGGAGUCGUGCGACGAUGCCGCUUCUUCAACUUGCAACCACGAUCAGCAGAUCUUCAAGGGGAUCUGGACGAAGCACGUACAGUACUACCUCGAUGCUGCCAACGACGCCUCGCGUACAGCAAAAUACAGCGCUUUCUUGGGCUCGCAGGCAUCUGCCAUCCUCCACUACGGCAAGGACGCAAACAACGACGUCGGCAACGUCUGGUAUGCGCCUUCCCAAGGCGGUUCCAUCUUCGGUCCUGAGCCUAGCGCGAGCGGCUUAGCAGGAACACUCGCAGCUGCCAAAUACGGCCCAUGCUAA